AUGGGGGUUGGGGGGGCGGGGCCCGAGUCCCCGCAGGAGGUGCUGGCCCCCCACAGCCAGCUGCAGCCCCCCCAGCUCUACGAGCACACGCUUGAAGGGGACGAGCAGGUGGUCUUCACCCACCGCAUCAACCUGCCCCCCCCGGCCUGCGACUGCGAGGGGGGGGGCGACGGCGGGGCCCUGCGGGAGGCGCUGAGCCGGCUGCGGGCGCUGGAGGCCCAGGUCCAGGCGCUGCGGGAGCAGUGUGGGGCCAAGGGCUGCUGCCCCUCCUCCACCGCCGCCCAGGCUGGCACAGGCCAGACGGACACCCAGAGCCUCUGCGGCCAGCACGGCACCUUCGACCAGGCCACCUGUGGCUGCGUGUGCCAGCCGGGCUGGGGUGGCCCCACCUGCGCGGAGCCGCAGUGCCCAGGGGGGUGCGGAGGGCGGGGCGAGUGCGUGGCCGGACGCUGCGUCUGCCCCCCCGGCUUCGCCGGCGCCCGCUGCCAGACGCCCGUCUGCGCCGACGACUGCAACGACCAGGGCCGCUGCCAGGCCGGGCGCUGCCUCUGUUUCCCCGGCUACUCGGGGCCGGCCUGCGAGACGCCUGACUGCCCCGGGGACUGCCACGGGCGCGGGCGCUGCCAGGGCGGGCGCUGCCUCUGCAGACCCGGCUACGCCGGCCCGGACUGCGGCACCCGGGCCUGCCCCGCCGAUUGCAGUGGGCACGGGCGCUGCCUGAAGAACGGGGUGUGCGCCUGCCACCGCGGCUACGCCGGGCCCGACUGCAGCCAGCCCGCCUGCCCCGGGGAUUGCGGGGGGGCACGGGGAGUGCCGGCACGGGGAGUGCCACUGCCAGACGGCUACGCCGGCGAGGACUGCACCAUAGAGAUCCCGGCUGUGACGCUGCGCGUGGGGCGCCGGGACGAGGGCUCCUUCCGCCUGCAGUGGACUCGCCCCAAGAUCCACGUGGAUGGAUAUGAAAUUCACCUCGUUCCCACGGGUGACCCCGAGGGCGCCGUGUCCCUGCAGCUGCCCGGCUCGGCCACGUCCUUCGAGCGCUCGGGGCUGGGCCCAGGCCGGGAAUUCAGCGUCACCGUCCGAGCCCAGCGGGACCAGCGCCUCGGGCCCCCCACCACCCAGAGCGUCCGCACCCGGAUCGACGCGCCCCGUGAUCUGCGCCCCACGGGGGCCACGGACACCUCGCUGAGCCUGCGCUGGGAGCCCCCGGCUGCCCAGCCCGACGGAUACACCCUGCGCUACGGCCCAGUGGGGCGGGACAGCACCGAGCCCCCCACCCGCCUGACCCUGCCCCCCCGACCGCACCACCUUCACCCUGACUGGCCUCCGCAGCACCACCCAGUACACCCUCACCCUGACCGCCCACCGCGGCCCCGAGCAGAGCCCUCCCGCCAGCACCAGCGCCACCACCGCGCCGAUGCCCACCCUGCCCCCGCCUGGCCGGCUGCACCCAGAGCCCACGCGCCUCCCAGUGCCCCGUCUCCGGCCGCCUGGCCCCGCGGGGAAGCCAGGCUCCCGGCCCACCCCGGCCAACGCCUCCUCGCUCCCCAGCCAGCUCUUCUUCCGGACCAUGGCGCAGAACCUGACGGCCAAGCUGUCCCGGUACAACGGGACCCUGCUGCAGCGCCUGGAAAGUUACCUCCGCGCCACACGCUACCCGCUCCGCGGCAACCAAACCAUCGCCACCGUGGCCAAGACCAUCUACCUCUAUCUGGUGCAGAGGAAGUCCCGGGAGGAACAGGAGAUGGUCUAGUGGGGCUGGGCCAGCAUUCGAAGGAGCUCGGGGCCAUGGCACCCACCAAGGGGCCCGCCGGCCGCUUCCAGAUAGCCGGGAAGGAGGGCGGCGUCUUCUCGGAGGGCUCCCCUGACUUGGACACGGGGCCCAGGGGCCACGCCAAGCCAGCGGUGGUGGCCCGCUCACCCGGCGCCAUUGUGGUCUCGCUGGAGGGCAUGCGUGGCCACGCGGAGCGCGUGGUGGUCCGCUACUGGCGGGCGGGCGACGGCGGAGGAGCGAGGGAGCUGGCGGUUCCCGGCGACGCCGCGGUAGUUCGGCUCCACGGCCUGGCGCCCGGCACCACCUACCAGGUGGAGAUCCACCACCUGGUCCAGGGUCGGCUGUCCAGGUCCUAUUCCUUUGUCACCUCCACAGCUCCAGAGGCAUCUGGCACCGAGCAGCCCCCAGAGCCCCCCACGCCCAGCUUCUCCCACCCUGGGCCACCCCCAGGGGACCUGGUCGUGACAGACGUCGCCCCCGACCGGUUCCGCGUCACCUGGACGGCGACGACUGGCACCUUCCAGCACUUCCUGCUGCGGUACCGGGAGCCCGGCUCCCGGGUGCCCCCCGGGCAGACCCAGGUGCCUGGGGGGAAGAGGAGUGUGAUCGUCACCCAGCUGAGCCCCGGCACCGAAUACGAGGUGGAGCUGCGGGGGGUGGCACCUGACGGGACCAUCUCAGAGCCCAUCACCACCAGCGUGUCGACAGCACCCCUUGACGGGGGCCCCGGGCCAAGCGAGCUGGGGGCCCUGGGAGUCAGGAACGUGACCAGCGAUGGGUUUGGGCUGCAGUGGAGGGCGCGGAAGGGCCUGUUCCAGUCCUUCCUGCUGCGCUACGAAGAUGCGGCCGGGCGCAUGGGGCCCCGGGAGGCUGAGGUGCCGGCGGACCAGCGGGCGACCCGCGUUGGGGGGCUGCGGCCUGGCACCGAGUACAAUGUCACGCUGUACGGGGUGCACCGCGGCCAGCUCUCACCCCCACUCAGAGCCAGAGUCCGGACAGCGCCAGCAGAACCCGGCGCCCAGCCCAGCCUAGGGGAGCUCUCGGCCUCAGAGGUCACCCACAACUCCGCCCUGCUCUCCUGGACCGUCCAGGCCGGGGACUUCGAUUCCUUCCUCCUCCACUACAAGGACGCGGAGGGCAAACUCCAGGCACUGCCCGUGGAUGGAGGAUCCCGCACAGUCACCGUUACCAAUCUGGCCCCCUCCCAAAGAUACAAGUUCAACCUCUACGGCAUCUCCGGCCGCAAGCGCCUCGGGCCCGUCUCCACCGACACUGUCACAGCCAAGGAGCCGCGGGUGCAGGAACUCACCUUCCAGCCCAGCCUGGGGGAGCUCUCGGCCUCUGAUGUCACCCACAACUCCACUCUGCUCUCCUGGACCGUCCAGACCGGGGACUUUGACUCCUUCCUCCUCCAGUACAAGGACGUGGAGGGCAAACUCCAGGCGCUGCCCAUGGACGGGGGAUCCCGCACGGUCACUGUAACCAACCUGGCUCCCUCCCACAGAUACAAGUUCAACCUCUACGGCAUCUCCGGCCGCAAGCGCCUCGGCCCCGUCUCCACCGACAUCGUCACAGCCAAGGAGCCGCGGGUGCAGGAACUCACCUUCCAGCCCAGCCUGGGGGAGCUCUCGGCCUCUGACGUCACCCACAAAUCCACUCUGCUCUCCUGGACCGUCCAGACCGGGGAUUUUGACUCCUUCCUCCUCCAGUACAAGGACGCGGAGGGCAAACUCCAGGCGCUGCCCAUGGACGGGGGAUCCCGCACGGUCACUGUAACCAACCUGGCUCCCUCCCACAGAUACAAGUUCAACCUCUACGGCAUCUCCGGCCGCAAGCGCUUCGGCCCCGUCUCCACCGACAUCGUCACAGCCAAGGAGCCACGGGUGCAGGAACUCACCUUCCAGCCCAGCCUGGGGGAGCUCUCGGCCUCUGAUGUCACCCACAACUCCACUCUGCUCUCCUGGACCGUCCAGACCGGGGACUUUGACUCCUUCCUCCUCCAGUACAAGGACGUGGAGGGCAAACUCCAGGCGCUGCCCAUGGACGGGGGAUCCCGCACGGUCACUGUAACCAACCUGGCUCCCUCCCACAGAUACAAGUUCAACCUCUACGGCAUCUCCGGCCGCAAGCGCCUCGGCCCCGUCUCCACCGACAUCGUCACAGCUGUGGUGGGGCCGGAGGAGGAACCCACUCCCCAGCCCAGUCUGGGGGAGCUCUCGGCCUCUAACGUCACCCACGACUCCAUCCUGCUCUCCUGGACCGUCCAGGCCGGGGACUUCGACUCCUUCCUCCUGCAGUACAAGGACGCGGAGGGCAAACCCCAGGCGCAGCCUGUGGAUGGCAGAUCCCGCACGGUCACCGUAACCAACCUGGCGCCCUCCCACAGAUACAACUUCAAAUUCUACGGUGUCUCCGGCCGCAAGCGCCUUGGACCUAUCUCCACUGAUGCUGUCACGGCUGCGGCGCCGACGGAGGAGGUACCCACCGCCCAGCCCAGCCUGGGGGAGCUCUUGGCCUCCGACAUCACCCACGACUCCAUCCUGCUCUCCUGGACCAUGGAGGAGGGGACCUUCGACUCCUUCCUCCUCCAGUACAAGGACGCGAAGGGCAAACCCCAGGCGCUGCCCGUGGACGGGGGAUCCCGCACAGUCACCAUAACCAACCUGGCACCUUCCCGCAGAUACAAGUUCAACCUCUAUGGCAUCUCCGGCCGCAAGCGCCUCGGCCCCGUCUCCACUGACGCCGUCACAGCGCGGCAGAAGGAGGAACCUGCCCCCCAGCCCAGCCUGGGGGAGCUCUCGGCCUCUGACGUCACCCACAACUCCACCCUGCUCUCCUGGACCGUCCAGGCCGGGGACUUUGACUCCUUCCUCCUCCAGUUCAAGGACGCGGAGGGCAAACCCCAGGCGCUGCCCGUGGACGGGGGAUCCCGCACAGUCACCGUAACCAACCUGGCCCCGUCCCGCAGAUACAAGUUCAACCUCUACGGCAUCUCCGGCCGCAAGCGCCUCGGCCCCGUCUCCACCGACACCGUCACAGCAGUGGCACUGUCGGAGGAGGCAGUUGGGAUGCCGCUCCGUCUAGGUGAGCUCUCGGCGGCCAACGCAGCCCACAACUCCAUCGACCUCUCCUGGACCGUGGAGGGGGGGACAUUCGACUCCUUCAUCCUCCAGUACCGGGACGCAGAGGGCAACUCCCGGGCGCUGCCUGUGGAUGGUGCCCUGCGCUCGCUCCACCUCCAUGACCUGGCCCCCUCCCACAGAUACAAGUUCAACCUCUACGGCGUCUCCGGCCGCAAGCGCCUCGGCCCCGUCUCCACCGACGCCACCACAGCUGCGGCGCCGACGGAGGAGGUACCCACCGCCCAGCCCAGCCUGGGGGAGCUCUCGGCUUCCGACAUCACCCACGACUCCAUCCUGCUCUCCUGGACUGUCCAGGCCGGGAACUUCGACUCCUUCCUCCUGCAGUACAAGGACGCGGAGGGCAAACCCCAGGAGCUGCCCGUGGAUGGGGGAUCCCGCACGGUCACAGUCACCAACCUGGCCCCGUCCCGCAGAUACAAGUUCAACCUCUACGGCGUCUCUGGCCGCAAGCGCCUCGGCCCCGUCUCCACCGACGCCGUCACAGCACGGCGGAAGGCGGAACCCGCCCCCGAGUCCAGCCUGGGGGAGCUCUCGGCCUCUGACUUCACCCACGACUCCAUCCUGCUCUCCUGGACCGUCCAGGCCGGGGACUUCGACUCCUUCCUCCUCCAGUACAAGGACGCGGAGGGCAAACCCCAGGCGCAGACCGUGGACGGGGGAUCCCGCACAGUCACAGUAACCAACCUGGCGCCCUCCCACAGAUACAAGUUCAACCUCUACGGCAUCUCCGGCCGCAAGCGCCUCGGCCCCGUCUCCACCGACGCCACCACAGUCGCGGUGCCGCAGGAGGAACCCACCCCCCAGCCCAGCCUUGGGGAGCUCUCAGCCUCCAACGUCACCCACGACUCUAUCCUGCUCUCCUGGACCGUGGAAGGGACCUUCGACUCCUUCCUCCUCCAAUACAAGGACGCGGAGGGCAAACUCCAGGAGCUGCCCGUGGACGGGGGAUCCCGCACGGUCAACGUAACCAACCUGGCCCCCUCCCACAGAUACAAGUUCAACCUCUACGGUGUCUCCGGCCGCAAGCGCCUCGGCCCCAUCUCCACCGACACCAUCACAGCUCAGCUCUCACCAAGGUUUGCGCCCGUCACUAUGGGCCGACCCCGACAGGGAGGCGGGAUGUCCGUGGGGAACCCGGGAAUGUGGGAUCCUGUUUCCAGACAUGCCCCCACCCUGGCCACGCUCUUCACCCCCCUCAUUCUGUUCGUCGCGGUGCCGCAGGAGGAACCCACCCCCCAGCCCAGCCUUGGGGAGCUCUCAGCCUCCAGCGUCACCCACGACUCCAUCCUGCUCUCCUGGACCGUGGAAGGGACCUUCGACUCCUUCCUCCUCCAAUACAAGGACGCGGAGGGCAAACCCCAGGAGCUGCCCAUGGACGGGGGAUCCCGCACGUUCAUCGUAACCAACCUGGCCCCCUCCCACAGAUAUAAGUUCAACCUCUACGGUGUCUCCGGCCACAAGCGCCUCGGCCCCAUCUCCACCGACACCGUCACAGCUGCACAACCACGGAAGGAGGUACCCACUGCCCAUCCCAGCCUGGGGGAGCUCUCGGCCUCAGACGUCACCCACAACUCCACCCUGCUCUCCUGGACCACAGAGGGGACCUUCGACUCCUUCCUCCUGCAGUACCGGGACGCGGAGAGCAAGCCCCAGUCGCUGCCUGUGGACAGGGGAUCCCGCACGUUCAUCGUAACCAACCUGGCCCCCUCCCACAGAUACAAGUUCAACCUCUACGGCGUCUCCGGCCGCAAGCGCCUUGGCCCCGUCUCCACCGACGCCGUCACAGCCGCGGUACCGCGGGACAAGGGAGCCGGGACGCAGCUACGCCUGGGGAAAGUUUCAGCCUCCGGUGUGACCCACAACUCCACCCUCCUCUCCUGGACCGUGGAGGAGGGGACCUUCGACUCCUUCCUCCUCCAGUACAAGGACGCGGAGGGCAAACCCCAGGCGCUGCCCGUGGACGGGGGAUCCCGCACAGUCACCGUAACCAACCUGGCCCCGUCCCGCAGAUACAAGUUCAACCUCUAUGGCAUCUCCGGCCGCAAGCGCCUCGGCCCCGUCUCCACCGACGCCACCACAGCGCGGCGGAAGGAGGAACCCGCCCCCGAGUCCAGUCUGGGGGAGCUCUCGGCCUCUGACUUCACCCACGACUCCAUCCUGCUCUCCUGGACCGUCCAGGCCGGGGACUUCGACUCCUUCCUCCUCCAGUACAAGGACGCAGAGGGCAAACCCCAGGAGCUGCCCGUGGACGGGGGAUCCCGCACAGUCACAGUAACCAACCUGGCCCCGUCCCACAGAUACAAGUUCAACCUCUACGGCAUCUCCGGCCGCAAGCGCCUCGGCCCCGUGUCCACCGACGCCACCACAGUCGCGGUGCCGCAGGAGGAACCCACCCCCCAGCCCAGCCUUGGGGAGCUCUCAGCCUCCAACGUCACCCACGACUCCAUCCUGCUCUCCUGGACCGUGGAAGGGACCUUCGACUCCUUCCUCCUCCAAUACAAGGACGCGGAGGGCAAACCCCAGGAGCUGCCCAUGGAUGGGGGAUCCCGCACGUUCAUCGUAACCAACCUGGCCCCCUCCCACAGAUACAAGUUCAACCUCUACGGUGUCUCUGGCCACAAGCGCCUCAGCCCCAUCUCCACCGACACUCUCACAGCUGCAGCACCACGGAAGGAGGUACCCACUGCCCAUCCCAGCCUGGGGGAGCUCUCGGCCUCAGACGUCACCCACAACUCCACCCUGCUCUCCUGGACCACAGAGGGGACCUUUGACUCCUUCCUCCUGCAGUACCGGGACGCGGAGAGCAAGCCCCAGUCGCUGCCCGUGGACGGGGGAUCCCGCACGUUCAUCGUAACCAACCUGGCCCCCUCCCACAGAUACAAGUUCAACCUCUACGGCGUCUCCGGCCGCAAGCGCCUCGGCCCCGUCUCCACCGACGCCGUCACAGCCGCGGUACCGCGGGACAAGGGAGCCGGGACGCAGCUACGCCUGGGGAAACUUUCAGCCUCCGGUGUGACCCACAACUCCACCCUCCUCUCCUGGACCGUGGAGGAGGGGACCUUCGACUCUUUCAUCCUCCAGUACAAGGACGCGGAGGGCAAACCCCAGGCACUGCCCGUGGACGGGGGAUCCCGCACAGUCACAGUCACCAACCUGGCCCCGUCCCACAGAUACAAGUUCAACCUCUACGGCAUCUCCGGCCGCAAGCGCCUCGGCCCCGUCUCCACCGACGCCACCACAGCCGCAGCGCUGCAGAAGGAGGAACCCGCCACCCAUCCCAGCCUGGGGGAGCUCUCGGCCUCCGACAUCACCCACGACUCCACCCAGCUCUCCUGGACCGUGGAGGAGGGGACCUUCGACUCCUUCCUCCUCCAGUUCAAGGACGCGGAGGGCAAACCCCAGGCGCUGCCCGUGGACGGGGGAUCCCGCACAGUCACAGUAACCAACCUGGCCCCGUCCCACAGAUACAAGUUCAACCUCUACGGCAUCUCCGGCCGCAAGCGCCUCGGCCCCGUGUCCACCGACGCCACCACAGCACCGCGGGAUGAGGGACCCAGGAUACAGCUCCGCCUGGGGCCGCUCUCGGCCUCCGACAGCACCCACGACUCCCUCGACCUGUCCUGGUCCGUGGAGGAGGGGACCUUCGACUCCUUCAUCCUCCAGUACCGGGAUGCGGACGGCAACCCCCAGGUGCUGCCCGUGGACGGGGGAUCCCGCACCUUCACCGUCACCAACCUGGCCCCCUCCCACAGAUACAAGUUCAACCUCUACGGCAUCUCCGGCCGCAAGCGCCUCGGCCCCGUCUCCACCGACGCCGUCACAGGCCGGCUGGAGGAGGAAGACGAGGAGGAGGAGGAGGAAGGUGCCACGCAGCCCAAGCUGGGGGAGCUCUCAACCUCCGAGGUCACCAAAGACUCCGUGCGCCUCUCCUGGACCAUCCAGGCCGGGGCCUUCGACUCCUUCCUCCUCCAGUACCGGGACGCGGAUGGCAAACCCCAGGCGCUGCCCGUGGACGGGGGAUCCCGCACGCUCGUCGUCUCCGACCUGCUGCCCUCCCGCAAGUACCAGUUCAACCUCUACGGCAUCUCCGGCCACAAGCACCUCGGCCCCAUCUCCACCGACGUCGUCACAGCCUUCCCGGAAGCCUCCAGUGUGACGCCCGCCCGGCUGGACCAGCUGCUCGUCUCCGAGGUGACCCCCACCUCCCUGCGGCUGCGCUGGGACGCGCCCGAGGGCGACUUCGACACCUUCCUCAUCCGGUACCGGGCCGCAGACCGGGGGCCCGGGCUGGGGCCGGCGCCCACCCAGGAGGUGCCAGUGCCGGGGGCCCAGCGUUCGUCUGUGCUGCGGGGGCUGCGGCCCGGCACCGAAUACGGCCUGGCGGUGUACGGCCUGCGGCAGGGCGAGGAGACGGCCAACGUCCACGGGGCCGCGCGGACCAGCAGCCUCGAGCUGGAGAGCCCCCGGGACCUGCGCUUCAGCGACGUCCGUGAGACCUCGGUGGGGGUGACCUGGGAGGCCCCGUCCACCCGCGUCGACCGCUACAAGGUGUCCUUCCAGCUGCGUCACGGGGGGGAGCCGCAGAGCACCAUGGUCGAGGGCACCCGGCUGCAGACGACGCUCGAGGGGCUGAUCCCCGGGGCCAGCUACGAGGUGAGCGUCAUGGCCGUGCGGGGCUUCGAGGAGAGCGAGCCGCUGGUGGGCUACGUCACCACGGUCCCUGACGGCCCCUCGGACCUGCGCGCCGUCAACGUCGCCGACACCUCGGCCCUGCUGCGCUGGCGCCCGCCCCGGGCCCCCGUCCAGAGCUACGAGCUGAGCUACGGGCCCCCCCAGGGUCCCGCUGUGACGCUGCGGCUCCCCGGGGACCGGGCCGAACACCCCCUGUCCGGGCUGCGGCUCGACACCGAGUAUCUGGUCAGCGUCCACGGGGUGACGGGGGGCAACCGCAGCUCCCCCGCCAGCGCCACCUUCACCACCGGUACGGGGGGCAGGGAUAAGGGGGGAGAGAACCCAGGCGUCCCGGGCUGCCCUGCGAUCCCCCAGCCCCCGCUCCCCCGCAGAGCUGGGGAAGAACCCAGGAGUCCGGGCUGCCCCCUGGCAGAGCGUGGAGAGAACCCAGGCGUCCUGCCCCCAGGUAACGACGCCCUGCACCAGCUGACGGCGGCGGGGGAGCAGGAGCUGCGGGUGGAUCUCCGGGCCGGCGCGGAGGCCGUGUUCGCCCAGUACCAGCGGUUCCGGGUGGACCCCCCCAGCGAGUAUUACCGCCUGCAUCUCGGCAGCUACCGCGGCACGGCCGGCGACGCGCUGAGCUACCACUCGGGCAGCGUCUUCUCGACGAGGGACCGGGACCCGAACCGGUUGCUGAUCCCUUGCGCGGUGUCCUACCGCGGGGCCUGGUGGUACCACAACUGCCACUACGCCAACCUCAACGGGUUGUACGGCAGCCGGCGGGACCACCAGGGCGUGAACUGGUUUAACUGGAAAGGCUUCGAGUUCUCCAUCCCCUUCACCGAGAUGAAGCUGCGGCCGCGGCGGGGCUGAUGCGGACGGACGGACAGACAGACGCGAGAGGGAGAGAGAGCAAGCGAGACCGCAGCACUGCCGGGCGCCACCAGGGAGAGCCGGGGCGUCAUGAGGAGACCCCCCCCCACAGGGCCCUUCCACCCACCCCUCCCCCCAUGACACCCCCCUUCCUCCCAGAGCCCCCAAUACUUAAUUCCCUCCCCACCCCCCAGCUCACCUAGCCCCUCCCACACACCCCUGGCGGGUCCCUGCUCCCCACAGUGCAGCAGGCCCAGGCUGAAGGGGGCACCCCAAUC